CAGGGAUUUAUUAUACAAGCGCACCAUUUCUGAUACAACUCCGGACCCUGUGUGUGCGUGUAUUGCCCUGCACAGAUUCCCGCGUCUCUCCGUUGCAUAUGAACACAUUUAUAACUGUAGUUGUAUGUAUGUUGGUUACAAACUGCAGAAGCACAUUACACAUGCACAGCGGUAUAGUUGUGUGUGGAGGAAAAACAUGAUUUCCUGAUUAAAACUACAAUUCCCAAAAUGCAUUUGAACUUGCACCUGGGAGCUGUAGUUUUCAUUAAGGUAUCUUCUUCCCACCAACACUUCCUGUUGAAGAUGUCACUUCCUUUACUGUGGAAACGGGACAGUUCAAUUUUGGAUAAUGUCUUCUGGAGCGUCUUCGAAGCGGCACUCAUCUCGAACGGGGAAGACCAAGAGUGGACGAAAUGUUCAGUUUAGCUACCAGCAGAAUGUUGUGCUGAUUGAUAAAAUUGUUGAAGUUUAUGACCUGAUUUUUGGCAAGAAAGCCAGGAUCACCCCCCAGAGCCGAAAAAAAGCUCUUUGGGAAAAAAUUAGUGAAGAAGUGUCUUCCGAGGGUCCGUUUAGGAAAUCUACGCUCAAUUGCAAGAAAAGGUACGCGGAUAUCAAGAGGUGGAUAAGAACUAAGCUGAGAAAGGAGAAAAGGUCAUCCUUAAAACAUGGAGCGAGCUCUGGCUAUGAGGUGAACCUUCUGAACUAUGAGCAAAAGUUGUUUAAGAUAAUCGGCAAAGAGAUCAUUAAUGGUUUGGGGGGACAAUCUAAUGCUGAUUUGCUGCACGUUCUGCAUAAUGAAAAUGAAGACACUAUAGUGAUAAAGGAGGAAGAUGAAGAGACCGGGGACACAGAUAUUCAGCAGGUCCUCAUUUGCUCAGAACCCUGCUCCGAUCAGCAGUCGUCUGCAUCAUCACUCUCAUCAUCCAUAGAGGAACUUGAUUAUUUCUCAAGUGUGGGCACCGUGCCAGAUCCCUAUUGUGACAAAGAUGACUGUGAAGAUUUUGUACCAAAUUCACAGCUUGCAAGUGAAGAUGAUGCUCAUACAGAGUCAACCCAAGUUCCUCAGUUACCAAUACACCGCUGUGACCCUCCUCCUAUUACUACUGAUGCUUCAAAAGGUGUCCCCACCCCUCAGAUUAUUUCCUCCUCCCCUGCAGAAGACACAUUAUUAGCAAAUCUAUUUCAGUCUGCUGAGGAUUACAGAGCAGAGCAGCAGCGGUUAGGCAACAAAUUAAAUGAGCAUUUGCGGAGACUUGUCGCUAUUCAUGAAGAGCAUCUUCUGAUUGAAAAGAAAACUUUACAAUUGUUAACCCAUAAACUGGAGGAGGAUUCUCACAGAAAUGAUCUUCUCUACGCACUGCUAGAGAAAGUUAUAUCUUCAACCAGUGGAGCUAACAGUCCCCUACACACGGACUCCAGCUAUGACAGGGUGGCAAUCACAUCACCUGUACUUGUAAAAAAAGAAAGUAAUGGUGUAUGACAUUUUUAUUUUUUAUAUUUAUUUAAAUGUGUUAGUACUUUAUAUUGAUUCAUGUUGUAUUUUGUUAUACGUUUCUUUUUAAAUAAACUAUUUUGAAAAAUAA